GAGGUCUCUGCUACAACGAUAUAUAUGCACAAGUACAUAGAGAAAUAGACAGAGAGAGAGAGAGAGAGAGUGUGUGUGUGUGGGAAUAAUGGCGAACCCACCAAAGCCAUGGAAAGCAGAAUAUGCAAAGUCAGCAAGAUCGUCUUGCAAGAGCUGCAAGAACACCAUCGACAAAGAGAAUCUCAGGCUGGGCAAGAUGGUUCAAGCCACUCAAUUCGAUGGUUUCAUGCCUAUGUGGAAUCAUGCUGGAUGCAUAUUGAAGAAAGCAAACCAGAUAAAAUCCCUUGAUGAUGUUGAAGGCAUAGAGUUGCUUCGAUGGGAAGAUCAACAGAAGAUAAGGAAAUAUGUAGAGGGUGGUGGACCUCAAAAUACCCCUUCUCCUGUUGUUAUGGAAUGUGGUAUUGAAGUUUCACAGACUUCCCGUGCUGCUUGCCGGCGCUGCAACCAAAAGGUUAUGAAAGGAGAGGUCCGGAUAUCCACCAAGCCCGAAGGUCAAGGUGCUAGAGGUUUGGCAUGGCACCAUGCUAAUUGUUUCAUGGAAUUGUCUCCAACUACUCAAGUGGAGAAAUUGUCAGGAUGGGAUAGCCUUUCAGCUUCUGAUCAGUUGGCUGUUCGUGCCCUGGUUAAGAAGGUUCCCUCUUCCAGUAAAGGCACAAAAGUUGAACUACAAGAGGAGGACAAAGAGUCCUUACAGCAAUCAACAUUGAAAGGUGGUGCUAAACGUAAAAGAGCUGUGAGCGGUGAUCAAAAGUCAAAACUUUCUAGAAGUGAAGAGAAUUCCAACUUGCUGGGGAAUGAACACCCCAAAUCAUCUGAUUUGGAGAGUCUGCUGGAGGCUCAGACUAAAGAACUAUGGGCUCUAAAAGACGAUCUUAAAAAGAAAGUGACAACAGCAGAGUUGCGAGAGAUGCUUGAAGCCAACAGCCAAGACUCAACAGGAUCAGAACUUGACUUGAGAGACCGAUGGUAAGGUCUCCCAGAUGCAACUUC